AGGAUGGUGGACGUGUUCAGCGGGCGACUGCUGAUCAGCAGGGACGGUCGCGCCGUGGAGCCCGAGCAAGCCCUGGAGAACAAGAUCGUGGGCUUGUACUUCUCGGCCGCGUGGUGCUCUCUCUGCCGGGACUUCACGCCCACCCUGUGCGACUUCUACAGCGAGUUGGUGGAGGACGCGAACCCGGCCGCCCCUUUCGAGAUCGUGUUCAUCUCCUCCGACCGCAGCCCCGAAGAGAUGGUGGACUACAUGCACAACAUGCACGGGGACUGGCUGGCGCUGCCCUUCCACGACCCCUUGAAGCAUGAGUUGAAGAAGAAAUACAACAUCACAGCCAUUCCUAAACUUGUGAUUGUUAAACAAACUGGAGAAGUCAUUACUGAUAAAGGAAGAAAACAGAUACGGGAGAGAGGGCUCAAUUGCUUCCGAAACUGGCUUGAAGGGGCAAAUGUCUUUCAGAAUUUCUGUAGCUGAACUAAGGUGGGGUUUACAGUUAAGAUAGCUUUGAUACGCCUUUUAUAUCUCUAUAGAGUUCCCAUUAUCACAAGUAGGGUAGAAUGGCACUCUCCUUGUUCUAGUAAUGUUUUUGCUUUAUUUCAAAUUCUGUGCAGUUGG